AGCUGCCAGCGAAGGUGGUCGUGAAGGUUGCAGCAUCAAUGGCUGUACAACUCCGAGUACAACGUCACAAUUUCUCUCCAGCAUUCCUUCUUGCCGCCCCAAUCAUGUCCACGGCUGCUGCUUAUCAGGUUUCCUUCUCCGUUGGCAGCACCGCCCUCAGAGGUGCAAGCUCGCGUAGCGCUUGCAAAGCCGCUGCUCUUGCGCCCGUUGCCUCUCUUUGCCCUUUGCAGGCUGAGAGCAACCGCUUGGUUGCGAGGAGCACACAACUUUCAUCGUCGUUUGUUUCGUCCAAGGAGGAUCUGAGGGCUGAGUUUAGACUGCAGCAGUCUGCCCAGAGACGGCACUUUAGCAACAGGGUGGGAGUGAAGACUGCACUCACCAUGGCCGCCAGCAGUGCCUAUGACUUCUCGGUGAAGGACAUUGAUGGCAACGAGACGGACCUGUCAAAGUUCAAGGGGAAGGUUUCAUUGAUCGUGAACGUCGCCUCCGCAUGCGGUCUCACCAAGCAAAACUAUCAGGAGUUGACGACGGUUUAUGACAAGCUCAAGGAAAAGGACUUCGAAGUGCUCGCCUUCCCGUGCAAUCAGUUUGGGGGCCAAGAGCCCGGCUCUGCUGAAGAGAUCAAGAAAUUUGCAGGGGACAAGUAUAAGGCAACUUAUCCUCUAUUCUCUAAGGUUGACGUCAAUGGGGCCAAGGCCGAGCCCUUGUUUCAGUACUUGAAGAAGGAGGCUGGGGGUGGAGAUAUUGCGUGGAACUUUGGCAAAUUUUUGGUUGACAAGGACGGGAAAGUUGUCAAGAGAUUCGAUCCCAGGACGAAUCCAUCGGCCAUAGAGCAGGAGAUUGAGAAGAUCUUGUAGGGCAUGGAAAGGAGGACAACGCCGUCGUCACUUUCUAUAUGCCAUUUUAUCAUCUACUGAAUGCACCUUUGUUGGAUGUAUGGGGUAAUCCAAGGUAACUCGAGCCAUGUAAAUAACCGCAUGUAAAGCCGGCCCAACUUUUUAUCACGCU